AUGCCCUCCUUCAUCAGCCUCACCUUCCCCAAUCCCUCCACGGAACUACAUCCCAUCCCCAAUGCCGGCGUUGACACCGACUUUCUCAUCCGCUACGCCCGCACCCUCGACGACUACGGCUUCACCCACACUCUCGUCCCGUACGACUCCUCAUCUUUCGACCCCUUCACCAUCGGCGCCACCAUCGCCUCCGUCACCAAAAACCUGAAGAUCAUCAUCGCCCUGCGCCCCAACACCCUCUUCCCAACCGUCGCCGCAAAGGCCCUCGCGACACUCGACCAGCUCAGUCACGGCCGGGUGGUCGUGCACCUCAUCGCCGGCGGCAGCGACGUCGAACAAGCGCGCGAGGGCGACUUCCUAUCGAAGGAAAAGAGAUACGCACGGCUGGAGGAGUACAUCCUCAUCCUCCGCCGGGCAUGGGAAUCCCCCGACGCAUUCGACUGGGACAGUGAGUUCUUCCGGUUCAACGGGUUCAGUAACCGCGUUCGACCGGUCAACAAGACCAUCCCCGUCUCCGUGGGUGGUUCCUCGGACGAAGCGUAUCGAGUGGGCGGCAAGCUAGCCGAUAUCUUUGGGCUGUGGGGGGAGCCCUUGAAGGAGACGAAGGAGCAGAUUGACCGGAUCUACGCUGAAGCCGAACAGGCCGGCAGGAAGGAGGACGAUAGGCCCAGGAUAUGGGUGACGUUUCGGCCUAUCGUGGCGGAGACGGAGGAGCUGGCGUGGGCGAGGGCGCAUCGUGUGUUGGAGGCGUUGCAGGCGAAUGCUGGUGGGAGGAAGAGCGCGCCACCGCAGAAUGUCGGGUCGCAGCGGCUUUUGGAGAUUGCGGCCCGGGGUGAGGUGCAGGAUCGGGCGUUGUGGUAUCCCACUGUGACGGCGACGAAUGCACGCGGGGCAUCGACGGCGCUGGUAGGAUCGGUCGAGACGAUUGCGCAGUCGCUGGUGGAUUAUGUGCGGUUGGGGGCGGAGUUUCUCUCGAUUCGGGGAUAUGAUAACUAUAAUGACGCUGUGGAUUAUGGGAGGUAUAUUCUGCCUAGAGUGAGGGAGAUAUUGGCGGAGACUGUAUCCAACUAG